AUGACUAAAAUCAUCAGUUUGGUGAAGGAAAAUAAUGUGCCAGGCUUCAAUGUAAUCAUAGUAACUACAUUGGAGACUAGAAUUAAGUGUCUUGAAAGAGUAGGGGUGGUCGCCCCAUUCAGAUUGACUGAGAAUAAGUCCAAGGAGGGGAAUUACUCUGGAGUUUAUCAAAUAAGGGCUUACACCAUCACUGCAGCCCGCAUUGAAACUUUUGUUUGGCAAAAUAUCGUAUGUCGCUUCGGCAUCCCCAACACCAUCAUCACAGACAAUGGCCGGCAAUUUGACAAUGCAAAGUUCAAACAAUUUUGUUCCAAUCUCAAGAUAUGUCUUUGCUUCGCCUUCCCAGCCCAUCCUCAGUCCAAUGACCAGGUUGAAGCCGUGAACAAGAUCAUGAAGAAAACUCUAAAGACCAAGCUUGACAAAGCUAAGGGUUACUGGCCAGAGCUACUCCCAGGGGUUCUCUGGUCCUACCGCACCACCUUUCGUACCUCAACAAGAGAAACACCGUUCUCUCUUUUCUUCGGUAUUGAAGUCGUGGCACCAGUGGAGAUUAGCCAACCGACAUACCGAACCUCCACUUAUGAGGCCGAAGACAAUGACGAGCAGUUAGCCCUGAACCUCGACUUCAUUGAUGAGCUUUGUGACCAAUCCAACAUGCUCAACGUCGCGUACAAACAGCGCAUCGCUAAGUACUAUGACUCCCGAGUCAAACCCCGUGCUUUCAAGAUUGGGGACUGGGUCAUGCGUAAAGUUUCCUUGGCUACCAAGAACCAUAUUGAAGGUACCUUGGGCCCCACAUGGGAAGGUCCAUAUGAGAUUACCAAAGUCUGCCGCCCCGACACUUAUCAGCUUCGUGAUCCUAAGGGCAGGACCUUGCCUCAUCCUUGGAAUGCUGAUCACCUCAAGUACUACUAUAAGUAA